AUGUCAAGCAGAGACAUGUGUUAAGCGAACCGUUUGUUGUAUGCUGUCGGAAGGCAACUUUUUUGUUUUUAUCAAUUCUCAAUGAGUCCGUCUUAUCUAUGAUUUUUACGCGACACAUCUUUCUUCGUAUAUACGGAAAUUUUUGUACAGUGUAAAUAAGUUUGCGUCAGUAGUUUUGAACAGUAUAGAUAAAAAUGUUGGAAACAACUGGUGAAGCGGGCCCUGCAACACAAGUUAAGGAAAAUGGAGCACAUUUUAAAGCAGGCCUGAUUGAUUUCACGGCUGGGUCGUUGGGGGGAAUCGCGCUCGUGUAUGUGUCUCAGCCACUAGACACGGUUAAAGUAAAAAUGCAGUCAUUUCCAACGCUGUACAAAAACAUGGGCGAUUGUUUACUGGAAACAUUUAAAACGGACGGAAUCUAUCGUGGUUUAUAUGCCGGCACAUUACCUUCAAUUGUUGCAAAUGUAGCUGAAAAUUCCAUCCUAUUUGCUGGCUAUGGCGUGUGUCAAAAAUUCAUUGCAAAUAUUGAAGGUCACAAAAGCGUUGAUGAACUUUCAUCGCUCAGUAAUGCCUGUGCCGGUGUGAUUGCAUCGUUUUUUUCAUCGUUCACGUUGUGUCCCACUGAACUUGUAAAAUGCAAAUUACAAUCGCUGCGAGAAGUAUCGAAUAAUGCGAAACAAACAGAAGUAAAACACAUUACACCAUUCCAAUUGACGCGUCAAAUUUUCAAGCAGGAAGGCAUUUUGGGAUUUUAUAGAGGCUUGGGUCCAACUAUGGCACGUGAGAUGCCAGGCUAUUUUUGUUUCUUCGGCGGUUAUGAGGGUACGAGGGAAUUAUUACGGAAACCGGACCAGAAGAAGGAUGAAAUUGGAUUAUUGCGUACAAUGGCCGCUGGGUCGGUUGGCGGAAUAUGCCUUUGGACAGCAAUUUUUCCAGCUGAUGUGAUAAAGAGUCGAGUACAAAUUGGUAAUAUCAAAACGAAUAUGUUUAUAAUGGGCAUGAAGAUUGCACGAACCGAGGGCAUUGGUGCCUUAUAUUGCGGACUAAAGCCAACUAUUAUACGUACCAUACCAGCAACUGCCGUACUUUUUGUUGUAUAUGAAUAUUCAAAAAAAUUUAUGACACAAAUAUUUUAGACAAACGUGCACUUUUGUGCAAAAUAAACGAUUUUUUGUUUUUGUUUUGAAA